UGUCCUUCCUUCCUCCUUUACUCCACUCCCCUCCCCUCCCUCACACUCCACGACAUACACCACCACCGGCUACCCCCACCUCCGACACACAACCACCCACCGAAAACCCAAACAAAAGAGCACCCCCGUUCAGUUCCAAAAAAAAAAGAGCACCUUACCUCCCCCAAUCGCUGUCCAACGGUGCCGUCUUUGGAACCGAGGUAUUAGCAACAACAACAACAAAGAGGGAGCCUGUACGAGGUAUUGCAAGCGAAGAGGAACGCAACGUUGACGGGGAUCAGGAUGGCAUACCGGAGCUUGGCGAAGCUGUAUCACCCGGACGUCGUCGGACAGCCGCGAUUUCAUCGAGAUUCAUAACUCGUGCAGGAGCCUGAUUUUGUUAUUCUUUUUGUCUAAUCUCAAAUCAGCUUUCCAGGUGAAAAUUGGUUCUAAAUUUAGCACAAGGACCUAAAUCUUGUGCUAAAUUUAGGGAGAAAUCGAGUUUUAUUUCAUAAAUAUGAUAUGAUAUGAUAUCUGGUUUUAGUAUUUUUGCAGUUAUAUUGCACAGGUGCUGGUUGAUUAUUUCUUUCCCAAUUCUUGAUUAAACUGUCAAGGUAGAGUGGCUCUAUGUUUAUGAGUUUGAUUCUCCAGAGUAGCAUAUUUGCCCACGUGCUUAGAGUGCUAAUUGGAAUGGAUUUAGUUUGGAAGGGAGGGGAAUGGGUUUGCUGAGGAUUGGGACGGUGGAGGAGAAAGUGGAGAGAGAGGAGGAUGAUGAUGAUGGUUAAGGGAGGGGAGGGAGGGAAUGGGCAAAUAUGGCCCUGGUGAAGGCUCACGUGAUGGGCACAUGUCCACUUUCCGUCCAAAUUAUUAACGGAAGCCAACCAAGGGAUGACAUUGAAACUAAUUUGCAAAUCGAAAGUUUAUUUUGUUGAAAUUGAAACUUGAAGGAUUAAGUUGAACUUUUGUUUAAAGUCGAAGGGAUAUAUAAGCAAAUCACUCAAAAUACAUUUGUCAUUAAUAGAAGUAUCACUUAAUAUUUUAGAGUAUGCUAGAGUUUUAUAGUGCCCUAAUGGGUACCCAAAAAUUUUAGGGUACCCUAAUAUUUUAGGAUUCUAUGAUACUCUAGGGUUUAGGUUUAGACACUUUCAAAGGAGUUUUAGGGUGCGCUUUUCUAUUAUAGGGUUUUAGCGGUUUAGGCACUUUUCAUAGAGUAUUCUAGGGAUUUAGGCAUUUUGGUACCUUGAGAUUUAGGCACUUUCAUAGAGUACCCUAGGGGUUGGGCACUUUCAGUGUUUAAAGUUUUAAAUACUUUCAUAGAAUUUUAGUGUCUUGUUAAGUAGAAGAGACUUGAUGAAAAUUACUUUCUAUUUUCUAGACAUGGAGGUAAAUUGCCUAGAAUUCAACACAAGUGAAGUGACGAGAAGCGCAGCUUUUUUAAAUUUGUGGUAAUACGAAAGCUGCUGACAAAAUUAUCCGUAGCAUUUGAUGUCUUAUCACCAAUUGGUAAAAUGUGCCGCAUUUUUCUUCUUGUCCUCCUACAUCAAAAGGGCGGAUCCGGAUCCUCUCCACAUGUUUUCCUCCCCACAUCUACCACACCUUUUCACCAAAACAUGCCACCUCAUUAAUGAAUUGGAUGGAUGGCCCAGAUUAAAUUCACUGACUUACACGACAUCGUUUCUUUAUUCCCUCCAAAUGGAAGCUAACCGUCCCUGUCUUCUCCAUUCCCUAAGAGCAAGUACACCAGUCGUUAGACAAAAUACCUUGUGAAUAGUUCAAAAUUCUAUUUUAUCUAUCAACUUUUUCUUUCACAACCACAUCAAGACUAUCUAUUUUACCUAACACCCAAUAAAAUAUACAUUUUCACCUCUCUUUUUUUUCUUUUAUCAUUUUUCAAGCAAUAUAAUCAGAGUGCAAAUUUUAAGUCCAAGCCAGAUUCUUUAUCUACUAGAUCAUCUGGUUCAUGAAUCCUGAUGCUGGAGGGAGCAGGGGGAAAUUUCAGAGGCGUCCUCUGGAUUCAGAUCACGAAAUCGAAAAACCCACAAGUCUCUCUCUUUCUCUCUCCGCAACCACUGAAAAACCCACUAAUCAAACCCACAAAUUGAACCCAUAAAUCAAACCUCAAACCCACCAAGGACGUGGAGAUCAUGGAUGUUUUGAGAUCGUAGAGCUGUUCAACCCAAGUCUCCUCGACCAGCAGAUGGAAGAGAGAAGAUGAAGAAGAAGAAGUGCCAAGUAGGAGCCCAAGAGAGAGAGAGAGAAACAAUAGUAUUUUACCGGAUAACUUGUGAAUAGGAGUUCGGUACUUGUAGCGAAGAUUUUUGGCAGAGGUAAAAUAGCUUCUUGUUUACCUAAUCCGCUGCAGCAUGAUUUUCUAUGUUUUGCUUAGUUACUUUACCGAAAAUCUUUCUUUACAGAUGCUGAUAUUGUUGCUUAGAUGCAUCAAUCAAGGCUCGCUAAAAACUUUUUCAGGGCUCCUGAAUUGCAAGCCUCUGUUCUCUGAAGCCUUCGACUUCGCGCACCCAAAAACCGAACAGAAAAGAAAAUCACGCACAAUCGCAGAGAGAGAUGGUGAAAGUUCGGAUGAACACGGCUGAUGUGGCCGCAGAGGUCAAGUGCUUGCGACGUUUAAUCGGAAUGCGCUGUUCCAACGUCUACGAUCUCUCUCCUAAGACUUAUGUGUUCAAGCUUAUGAAUAGUAGCGGAGUUACUGAAUCUGGGGAGAGCGAGAAGGUGUUACUGUUGAUGGAAAGUGGUGUGAGAUUGCAUACAACUGCUUACGUUCGGGAUAAAAGUAAUACUCCUUCUGGUUUUACUCUCAAACUGAGGAAGCACAUACGUACGAGGAGGCUUGAGGACGUGCGGCAGCUUGGAUAUGAUCGAAUAAUCCUAUUUCAAUUUGGACUGGGCGCUAAUGCGCAUUACAUUAUUUUGGAGUUGUACGCCCAAGGAAAUAUUCUCCUCACAGACUCUGAGUUUAUGGUUCUGACUCUUCUCCGGUCACACAGGGAUGAUGACAAAGGGUUUGCAAUCAUGUCACGUCAUCGCUACCCGGUUGAAAUUUGCCGAGUUUUUGAGCGGACUACCAUUACAAAGCUGGUGGAUGCCUUUGCAUCUUUGAAGGAAGUUGAUCACAAUGACCAUACUGAGAGGAAUGAAGGUGGAAUGAAUGAUUCUAGUGAGACCAAAGGAAAGCAAGGGAAUCGCAAAAGUGGGAAAUUAUCCGACUCUAACAAAUCUUCGACUGAUGGUUCCCGAGCCAAACAAGCCACGCUGAAGGCUUUUCUUGGCGAGGCAUUGGGUUAUGGACCCCAACUGUCCGAGCAUAUUAUUCUUGAUGCUGGUCUGCUUCCAAAUACAAAAGUUGGCCCGGAUUUCAAUUUCAACAAUGGUACACUUCAGGUUCUGACCCAAGCUGUUGCCAAGUUUGAGGACUGGUUAGAGGACAUUAUAUCAGGUGAUAGAAUUCCGGAAGGAUACAUCUUAAUGCAACAAAAGACUUUGGACAAGAAGGAAUAUGCCACAGUUGAAUCAGGAAGCUCUGCCCAGAUCUAUGACGAAUUCUGCCCCCUAUUAUUGAACCAGUUCAAGUCAAGGGACUCCGUUAAGUUUGAGACAUUCGAUGUGGCUUUGGACGGGUUUUACAGUAAAAUUGAGGGUCAGCGGGUUGAACAACAGCAAAAAGCAAAAGAGGGAUCUGCAAUGCAGAAACUCAACAAAAUUCAUGUGGAUCAGGAAAACCGUGUCCAUACACUGAAGAAAGAAGUUGACCGUUCCGUAACAAUGGCUGAACUGAUAGAAUAUAACUUGGAAGAUGUUGAUGCUGCUAUUUUGGCGGUUCGUGUAGCACUGGCAAAUGGUAUGAGUUGGGAAGAUCUAGCUUGUAUGGUGAAAGAUGAGAAGAAAUCUGGAAAUCCGGUGGCAGGCCUCAUUGAAAAGCUUUAUCUUGAAAGAAAUUGCAUGACACUGCUUUUGAGCAACAAUCUUGAUGAAAUGGAGGAUGAUGAAAAGACACAACCUGUGGAAAAGGUAGAAAUUGAUCUGGCACUCUCAGCCCAUGCUAAUGCUCGGAGAUGGUAUGAACAGAAGAAAAAACAGGAAAGCAAACAGGAAAAGACAAUAAGUGCUCAUGAAAAAGCCUUCAAAGCUGCUGAGAGGAAGACCCGGCUCCAGCUUUCACAGGAGAAAACUGUUGCUGCAAUUACACAUAUGCGAAAGGUUCAUUGGUUUGAGAAAUUCAAUUGGUUUAUCAGCAGUGAGAAUUAUUUGAUUAUCAGUGGACGAGAUGCUCAACAGAAUGAGAUGAUUGUUAAGCGUUAUAUGUCUAAAGGAGAUCUGUAUAUCCAUGCUGAUCUACAUGGAGCUUCUAGCACUGUGAUCAAGAAUCACAAGCCUGAACACCCUGUACCUCCCCUCACACUGAACCAAGCUGGAUGUUUCACUGUUUGUCACAGUCAGGCAUGGGAUUCAAAGAUUGUCACUAGUGCCUGGUGGGUAUAUCCUCACCAAGUGAGCAAAACUGCUCCUACAGGGGAAUAUCUUACUGUAGGAAGUUUCAUGAUCCGUGGGAAGAAGAACUUUCUUCCUCCGCAUCCUCUUAUAAUGGGGUUUGGGAUGUUGUUUCGCUUGGACGAGAGUUCCUUGGGAUCUCAUUUGAAUGAAAGGAGGAUAAGAGGCGAUGAAGAAGGGAUAAAUGAGAACGAAGAAAGUGGGCCUUUCAAAGAAAUAUCUGAUUCUGAUUCAGAGGAGGAAGUUCCAAUUGAAAAACAUACACCAGAAAGAAGCAAAGAGUCAUCAACAGAUCAUAGGAAGCUUAUAUCGGGAGGCUUAUCUUUGGAGGUUGGCUCUGGUAACGGCUUGAGGUCCUCUGAAUUUAAAGCUAUCCAUUCAGAUGAAGUUUCGGUUGAAGAGAGUACUAACUUGAAGGAUUUUGAUGAUAAGAAGGUGGCUGAAACUUCACUAGAGAGUGUGGCCUCUGUCUCCCCGCAGCUUGAGGAUAUACUUGACAGAGCUCUCGAACUUGGAGCUGCUUCAAUCUCUGUUAAAGAUUAUGGGCGCCUUGCUGCUCAAGUAAAUUCUACAGAAGAACAUAGCCAUGAAGAUGAAAGGCCAAUGGUAAGAGAGAAACCUUAUAUCUCAAAAGCUGAAAGAAGAAAGCUCAAGAAAGGAGACAGUAGUAGUAUUGCGGGAGAAAGUGUUGAGCAUGAAAAAGAAAAUGUAGAAGAUAAGAGUAUUGAAGUGAGUCAGCCUGACAAAAAUGAUCAAAAUAUGAAGCAAGGUGGUGGUGGAAAAGUCAGUCGUGGGCAGAGGAGCAAACUCAAGAAGCUGAAGGAGAAAUAUGCAAAUCAAGACGAGGAAGAAAGGAGCAUUCGCAUGGCUUUACUGGCUUCGGCUGGAAAAGUACAAAAGAAUGAUAAGGGCUCGGAGAAUGAAAAAGCAAGCACGGGAAAAGGCACAACACCCACUACAGGUGCAGAAGAUGCUGCCAAAAUAUGUUAUAGAUGUAAAAAGACAGGUCAUCUGUCUCGGGAUUGUCAAGAACAUCUUGAUGAAGCAGUACAUGGUCAUUCCAAUGGUGAACUUGAGGAUAAUGGCCGUGCUAGUGUUGGUAAUGGUGCUGAUGUGAUGGACAAGAUAGCCAUGGAGGAAGACGACAUCCACGAGAUAGGUGAAGAAGAGAAAGGCAAAUUAACUGAUGUUGAUUACUUGACUGGGAAUCCACUGCCUACUGAUAUUCUCUUAUACGCCGUGCCUGUUUGUGGUCCAUAUAGUGCUCUGCAGUCCUAUAAAUAUCGUGUGAAGAUUAUUCCCGGAACUGCAAAGAGAGGAAAAGCUGCAAAAACAGCAAUGAACUUGUUUAGUCACAUCCCAGAAGCAUUGAACAGGGAGAAGGAAUUGAUGAAGGCAUGUACGGAUCCUGAGCUUGUUGCUGCAAUUGUUGGAAAUGUGAAAAUCACAGCCGCGGGCCUUACUCAGCUGAAGCAAAAGCAAAAGCAAAAGAAAGGCAAGAAGACCAACAAAGGAAGUUAGCUUUAGCUCUUCGGGGAUACGUACUGAAGUUUCACUAACUGGGAUGCAUGUUACAUUGGUCACUGUACCUGUGAUAGAAAGUCCGUACUCUUAAGUUAAGGUUUUGUUAGAUCAUAUACGCUGUAAAGAUAGGAUUAAGGACAGAAAAUUACUCUAGGAAAAUGUUCAGCUGGCCCUUUAGCUGUUGUAGAUCGAUCAUAGCAUAAGAGCACUAGUUUGGCUCCUUGUGCUUUGGAGAGAGAGAUGUUUGGAACAGCAGGACAGCUUCACGACUAUGUAAUCGAAUCAAAAUCCUUGAAUGCAGAUCUAGUGCAAUGAACAGCAUAAUAAUUUGUUGCAA